UGUUUUAAUGGUACACGCGUUUCAAAUUAUAAUCACAUUCAAAGUUUUUUUCUGUAGAGAACGGUUUUCAAAUUAAAAAAAAUCAAUUUAAAUGAUUUACAAUUCAUUUAAAAACAUUUUGGAGUGAAUUAAUUUUAAAUUUGCAAUAUUAGUUCCCUUCAAAAACACAACACGCCAUGGAGAAUUAUGACUACUCCCUAAACUUCACCGCCUUCCCAAAUUGCAGCACCACAGAGUUCGUCCCAGACCCCAGUUCAGAAGUCUUCAACCCUGCAACCAAAAAAUUUUUUCUUGUCAUCUACAUCAUCCUGUUUAUCAUCUGCCUUGUUGCUAGUCUAUUUCUUUUCUACGCCAUUGCUGUCACGAAGAAGACUACGAUUAAUAUUUUCAUCACAAAUCACAGCAUAGCUGGUUUGGUGAUGGUUUUCAUGUCAUUUCUUUACUAUUCCGUGUCCGUUGAGAGCAGGUGGAACUGGACCGGAGGUUGGCUCGUUUGUAAGACUGGAAACUUCGCACAUUCGAGCCUCUCAAUGGUGAUUUCCUUCAGCAUGGUGGCGAUGAGUGUCUACAAGUGCAAGGCAGUCAUGAACCCCACAAUCGAAUACAAACCAAAUAAGAAGUAUGUUUUACUGAUUUGUCUCAUGACCUGGUGUCUCGCGAUGUUCGUCGCGCAACCGUUCUAUUCUAUGAGUGUAUUCUACAAAAACGAGCAUACGUGUCAAAAUUAUUGCUACCUAGAAGGACCACAUUUUUUAGGCAGCAAAGUUGUCAGCGUGUAUUUGGUUGUUGCAGGCCUGUUUGAGUACUUCAUUCCUGUGGCUGUCCUGGCUAUCACGCACGGCUUGAUGUGGUGGAAACUCAAUCAGGAGAGCAGUGUGGUGGCAGUUGGCGGCGGUUACGACGUGGUUGGCGAGGAAGAUGGUGGAGACGAGCUGAAAGACAGACAGCAAGCCAGAAUGCUAACGACGGCCUCCCUCAUUUACAUCAUCCUCUUCCUCCCCUGGUAUAUCUUAAGCACUAUCGCACUAUUCUUCGUCGACCUAAACAUUAACAUCUUUCUUCACUUCACUACAAUCUCCCACAUGUUCGAAAUAUUUAGCGUCUUUUGUUUUCCGGUGGCCUACUUCAUAAUGGCCCCAAAGUUCAACGAGGUCAUGAAGGGCACGUGGGUUUGGUCGAAGUUUUGCAAAAAUGUCUGAAACAUCGGCUUACUUGUGCUGGCGGUUGCGGGCAAAGAGGGAAAAAUGCUUACAAACUAUAUAAAAAAAGUAAUAAAAAUUAUAAAAAUGAUAACAUUAUUGUGAUUAUUAUCAACAGUAAUAUUAAUAAUUAUUAAUAUUAUCAUCUAGAUAUUAUUAUUACUAUUAUUAUUAUUAUCAUAAUUAUUAUUAUUAUUGCUGUUGUGUGGAUGAUUGAUACAAAUAGAAAUAUAAAUAUAUC